AUGUCUCCUCCGUUACCGCGGCUGUCACACGCGUCACUCACGCGCCUGCUAGCCGCUGCGCAACGCUCCAGUAAUGCAAAGCGCAUUUCGCCCGAGGAGCUUCAGCGGUACGUCACGCAGUGGUUCCCGCGGGAGUUGUGGAGCUCAAGCUACGGAGCAUCCAAUUGUGAUCGGGGGACGCCUUCCAACGCACGCACGGCAAACCCGUUCCAACAGUUUUGCAGGGACCCCCCACUGGUUUCGUCCGAAUGGGCGGCAGCGCUGCAGCUCGUGGCGCUCGCCCGUUAUGUGGAGGGCUCCGCCAAAUGUACCGCGGCAGGUUCUUCAGCUCGAAGGUCUGGUGCUUCCGCGUCGCCUGUCACGCCGACCAUUCAAACACUGGAGCACCUUCUACGAUUCGGUGUGUUCCCUCCAGCCGGGUGGUCUGUGACACUCGCGCUGCUCCACGCGUGGCGGCACGAGCAGCGAAAGCAGCUGGCGACCUCCUCCCCGUCCUCUCUGUCGGACGAGCGCCGCUCUGCGCACGCCGCGCUGAUGGCCUCUCCGCUGGAGCAGCCCUCACCGCUCCUCUUCCCCACCGCUCUCCCCGCCCCUGCGACGGCGCAGCUGCUCUACCACAUCAGCCUCGCUCCGCCUUCCACGGAGCGGUGGCAGGAUGCGCUGCGGCUCUACCAGGCGAGCGCGGCGCAGACGUACACGCAAAUCAAAGACCCCUACACAGGCAGACCGCACGCUGCGCCUUCCGUCACGGCCGCCGACGCUGCUCCCGCCACCUCGGCGUUCCUCAAGGCCCUUCGCCACACGACCCUCACCACCCUCCUGCAGGCCGGGGAGUGGGAGCGGGGACUGCACUUUUACUACCACUCCCUCUACCAGCGCGACCUGCCCGGCACGGUGACCACCGGCUACCUCGUGCAGGCGCUGGGCAGGGCGGGGCAGUGGGCGGCGGUGCUGCAGGUGUACGAGCUGUGCGUCAAGCUCCUCCACGCCCGGCGGCAGAUGCGGCGGGAGCGUCACCCCACCUCCGACGAGCCGCCGUCGCGGACGUGGGGGACGACGCUUUCCAUGGCCAUGGCGGCGGUCCAGUGCUGCCCCGCUGCGCCGCCCGCCGCGCUGUGGGCGAUGCUGCGGCAGCUGGAGGGGGAGGGGGGAUGCGACGACUCUUCCCCAUCGCCGCCGCCGCUUCUGCAGCUCGAUGGCAACUUUCUGUCCGCCGUGCAGGCCCUGGCGCAGGAGGACGAUCGCAUCGCGGUGCUGCGUUACGCCAAGCGCGGCGGACUGCUUGACGCCUUCAAGCUGAUGCGCGGACUCCUGUCCAAGCACCAGUGGGAGGAGGCCUUGAUGGUGUUCGCCGAGGCAAUGAAAGCGACCGUGGCGUUGCCUUCAACUGGUCCGAGCGGCAUGGAGAGCACGCCGGCCACCGCACGAGGGGGCGAAGACAGCCGUUCUGCUGUCUACCUCUCACGGCGAGAGAUCGGCGAGACGCGGCUGAGCUUCCUGCACAGCUCCACCAUUCACAACGUACGCACCGUGGUAGCGUUCUUGAAUGCGCACCGAAGUGGAAAGGGAGGAGCAGGCGAGGGGCGGGGACACUGCGCGGUGACGACAGACGCGUGGGCGCUGAACGACCAGGAAGUGGAGUGCGUGCUGUCCAAGACGCUGGAGGCCAACGAGUCUGCAGCUGCUGCUGCCGCGCCGGGCCGCGUUGCUGAUUUCUGGCAGUACUGCCUUCAACUGCUGGACCACAACUACGGGGCCCUGCAGGCCGGUCCGCCGCCACACACAGACAUGGACAGCACAGGCGCCGGCGUGGCCGCUGUGCCGCUGCGUCCUACUUUGCAUAUUCCGUCGACUUCUUCUUCGCCGCGUCGGCGCCGCCCCACCGCCUCUGCGCUGUCGUUUCUUCUGCGCCACCCCCGACUGCCGUGGCAGGUCGCGCUUCAACUCAUCGAGGCGUACGACCUCCUCGACGCUUCCCACGACAGCGAGGCAGCACACAAGAAAGACAGAAGGGGGCGGUCGGCGACACAAAACGGCGGAGGGCGUGACCGAGGUCCUACCGACAUCAACGUCACCCCGCGUACGCUGGCGCUGAGUGCGGCAGUGGAGCGUCUUUCCUCACAGGGGCAGCGCAAGGCGGCGGAGGAGUUGGCCCUGCGUGCGUUGGCUGUGGAGGUCGCUGCGCCGAAGCACGCACGAGGUGGCGUCCCUCUCUCCGCCGGCCUCCUGCAGUUGGUGUCUCUGCCUACGCUGCGAGCGCUACUGCUGGGGCGGCGCCACGAUGGGCUCUACGUGGAGAAGCGCGUGCUCUUCCACCUGCUUCGUGAGAGCGUUAGCGCCGGCGCCAAGCGCAGUCGAAAUGUGUCGCGCAAGGACGGCGAUGCGGACCUCGCGGAAGUGGACCGUGACGAGCGCUUUUUUGAUGAUCCGUGUGGGCGGGCACUGACGGUGGUGCAUUUGCUGAUGCAGCGCGCCGCUCUAACAGGAGGACGAAGUUCUUCUGCAGCCAAUGCGGCAGCAGCGUUGCAACGGCUUCCCACCUCGUUGUUCCUGUUAGAGGCGGAGUCCUCAGGAGAUACUGUCGCACCUCACACGUCACCGGGGACGUCUCCUCCGGCUGCGUGGUUGCUGGCCUAUCCGCCGGCGGUGCACUGCGAGGUCGUGCGUGUUAUUCGGUGCGUGACAGCUUCCCCACCGUCCACGCCCCCCUCCCGGUGGUGCUCCUUAGAGAACUCCGCGGGGGAGGAAGCGAGGAGGCGCGAUGGGCAACGGUGGACGUGGACAAUGCGAUAUCUGCGAAAGCUGGCAGGCUCCUUCGCAGGGCAUCCACGUCAUGCGUCAGGUCUACCACGCGACGCCCAACCGCACUUUUUUUCGUCCACCGGAGGAUGGAGCGAGAUGGCGCGGGCACGGGAGGCGUACUACGUAGCCACCUUUGAAGCCGUCGUCAGCCUUUUGGAGACGGCUGCUGAGGCGGAGGUGUCACCCUCCACCGACGGCACUCUCUUGUUGCCCUGCGGCGAGGCAGCUCCAUCCACCGCCGGCGGGGCAAAAGGACACGGUGUGGGGAGUGAGAGGGGCGAGGUUCCGCGUAGGCCGAGGCAGCGGGUGCAGGCUCUGUGUCAGCUGCUGGAGCGCGCCAUCUCGAGGUACGGCUGUGUCCCGCCCACCCACAUGCUCCUGCCGAAUCAACUGGACCGGCUGCUGCCACCGCUUGUGAAACCCACGGUGCUGUCGACAGCGAAGGGCGAGCCGCUUCGAAGCCCGUGGGAAGGCACCGGUGGACACGCUGGCGUAAACGCACAGGAGCGCUGCGCGGUGGCUGCGUUUUUGGUGCAGCUGCUCUUGCGCUCCCUUAGCUCGGCAUCCGCUGAUGUGCACAGCGAAGCGGGUGCGUGCGGGCAGCUGCGUGCGGUGGAGCCGGCGCUUCUGCACAACACCCUGAAGCUCUGCUGCCGCGUAGCUGAGUACCGGAAGGAGUUGUCCGGAACGCUGCUGCACACGGCGGCGGACGCCACCGUCGACGGCGCGGCGCUCUGCGAGGCUGGCGGUGCCCUUGUGCGCCUGCAGUGUGAGCGCUGUGGACUACCUACGGUACGCCCCGGAACGCUGUCCCUCCUCUAUCAUCUGUGCGCAGCUGUCGAAGCCUGCUCGCCGCACACGCGUCCUUCACUGCCGAAGAGAAUUGCGCUGGAGACGACGGAGUACCUCCUGUGUCAGCAGGUGUCCUUCGCCAACGCCUCGUCCCGCAGCGUGCCGCGAAGAGGCCCGAUUGGGCAUCCUCCGGUCGCCUCUCCGGCAGACGAGCACGUUCCGAGGCAUGGGUCUCGCUCGGCGGCGAUGGGAGAUGAACAGAGACAGGGGGGAGGCGAUGGCGGGCGGGUGUCCGUUGCCGCGGUGCUGCCCCACCACGGCGCUCUCUUCUUUUCCUUGUUUGGCUGGGAGGGCACGUUGCACGUGUGGUACCCCGCCUUUCCGCGUGACGUGCUGCGCCAGCUCUCCAGCGAUCCCCGUGCAAUUGAGGCGUGUCUCAGUCUAGCGGAACGCUCGCGGGAGUGA